GUUUUAAGUUUACACUUUACGAUUGGCGAUUUCUAUUUUGUAGAUUCGCAAUAUGAAUAAUGUAAAUUGUUAAUAAACUUAUCAAUAAAAAUAAAAAUACUGCUGGCUUGUUGUAAUCCUCCAAUUUGAGAGAAAAUAUCUGCACUUACUUUUAGUGUUGUUUUAUUAAAUAAGAUUUUUACAUACUAAAUCAAAAUAACACCAGUCCUGGAGACUACGUCCUUGAAAAUGCCAGCAGUUACUUCAACAACUGCUGAAGAACAAAAUGAGGGCGAUCAGAAGAUGUGGAAUGCUCUCAAACGCUACAUUAUACGAGAGAGACAAAGAAAAAAAGAAGAAUAUGAAGCAGAGGUGGAGGAGGAGAGACUAAGAAAAGAGCGGGAAGCUAGAGAACGACAAGAUGUUAUGACACUUGAGGAAACAAAGGAGCAAAUCGAACAACUUGAACAAAAGUUAAAACAAUUAGAAAAAGAGAAACAACAACUGUUUAUGCAGUUGAAGCGAGUACUGAAUGAGGAUGAGGUUAGAAAGAGACAACAACAAAAGGAAGCAAAUGAAAUGCAACCAAUGAAAAUGCCAAUGGGUAAUAUACAAAUGCCAAUGUUUCCGAUGCCAUCCCAGGGUCAAGGGGAGCCACCACCUCAAGGCCGACCACCUCAUCUUAAUUCUCACAUGCUUAAUAAGAAAUCGUACUCAAAGUACAAAUUGUUUCCACAACAGCAAACUAUUGUACGUGGUCCCAUACAGUCUGGUGUCAAGCGGCAGAGGUCCCCCUCACCAACAUACGCCUUAUAUGCCCAUCGGUUACACCAGCCCGCUAUGAAACAGCACAAUGUAUACUCGGAUCAUAAAGUUGAAGAUGGUCGAAUGGGCCGCCAAAUGGCUCGAGCGGUUUUGUGGAACAAAACAUCUCAAUAUGCGUCAAACGUCAGUGGUUCCGGUGUUUCCUCUGGGGGGUACUACGCGAUGCCGACAAGCGUAGUGGGCGUGGUCACUGAGCGUCCACCGCCCCUGCUCUAUGCUCAUCAUGCGCAUACUCCCCACACUCCACACACCCCCCAUACCCCACAUCAUUCGAACUUGAUGUAUGCGCCGGCGCCCCAGUCGCAGCUAUAUAUGGAUAUGCUGAAGAAUAGGGAGGGGCAGCAACAUCCGGAACCCAAGAAGGAUCAGCAGGCUCCACAAGUAUUAAUAGGGUUAAGUGAAGCUCACCACCCGGCAGUUAGUAGCGGAGUGGUUUAUGCGCAACCGCCCGUGUCCCGUCAUCUGGCCAUACAUCAACCGCAACACAACACAAUACAGGCAAAACCUGGCAGCAUUACUCAAGGCUAUCCCGUUCAGCAGUCAAAUCCAAACGUACAAAACCCAAAUAUAUAUCCCAGCAGACAUCGUUAUUAGCUGGUUAUCAAACAGACCACGAAAUCCCGAAAGAUUUAGACGGUUUUGUAGUGAUUCGUAAAUGUUGUAUUAAAAUAUAUAUAUAAAAAUGCGUACUUUUAUUAUUUAAUGAUAGAUGUGUAAAGGAAAUAUAUUUUUAACAAAAAAGAGGGUAUUCUUUGGGUCAUCAUCCUCGUAAAGGUCGUGAACUCACAUUUGACCUAUCAGCUGUUAAUCAGCGAAGAAUUUUUUUUACAGUGACAGCGUUCGUAAUGGUUUUAUUAUGUUUUAAUGUAGUUAGGGUGGAUAUUAAUGGUAUAGAUAAGUAAAUUAUUGUGUUUUGUCAACUUAGAACCAAUAAUAUUAAUUAUUAAUAUACAUAUCAACAAAUAACCAUUCGUUUUAAAAACGGGUAAUGCAAUUUCGAUACUAUAUUUUUCGACCUUUGUAUUUUUUGAAGUUGGUUAAAACGUCUUGACAUGUAUCCGGUUCCUGGGAGUAUAUACAAAAUAUAAUAAUCAAAAAAUCAUGGUUCAGAAACAAUCAUAAUAACUAGAGAAAAAUAACGUUUUCUUUAAACCCUAAGUGAUGAAAGGAAGGAAUAGUGAAGAAAUUCAUCAUUUGGACAAACUAUAGCGUAUACUAUAGGUAUAUGUGCGAUUGUACGCUGUAGUAUGGUGCGGGUGACAAUUUCAGUAACGUUUCGUUUCAUUCUUGAAAGUUGCCGCGAUUUACAAAGUAUUUCAGCUGUACCACAUUCGUAAUAUAUUAAAUACAUAACUGUAGUAACUUAAAUUUUACCCAGCCAGAAUGUUCUAGUCUACAAAUAAAAUCCAAUUGAAAGAAAAAUUAAACAACAGUCACCCGCACCAUGGUACGCACAUAGGAUAAUGACACUUAAUUUAUUUAUGUAGAUUCAAUGUUAUAUAUAAGUUACUUAACAGUAUAAAUCUAUAAAAGGAAAUUAUGUAAUUUCUUAUCAAAACUGUUUCUAAUCUUUUUGACUCAUACAGAUAUGAUAAACUGUUCCAAGUGCCAAGUCAUUUAUUGAUCUUAUAAGAUGAUAAUAUCUCUUUUAUGACGAUUAUCAUAAUUAAUUAUAUCAAUUCUCGAUUACGCUGUGUGUUUUCCAGAUAUAACCGAACACCAGGUUGAUAAGUUGGAGCACAAAAUAUAUUUAUCAGAUUCAUAUUUGGACUUCCUAAAUUUGACUUUUCGGAGUUCCGAAGAAUUCGCAAUUCGAUUGCGGCGCAAGAUGCACAUUUUACAACUUUCUCUACUUCUGUUCCUUUUAAUCCUAAAAUUCCUAGUUGCUUAAAGCAACAUUUUAUGUUCUCUGGCGGUAGUUUUAAUUUGCGUUCCUUUGACAAUCUUAUUCCGGAAGAAAUCGCCCGUUGCCUAAUAACUUAUGUAAUCUCCUUUUUAACGUUAAGGUACCUAACGAAGUGUAAAUAAAUAAUAUACUAUAAAUAACAUUGCAUUGCGGUUGAUUUUAAUUGAUAUUUCCCAAAUGCAGCUGUUAAUUGUUGAAUCUAUUUCAAAAAAAGUUGUCAUAAUAACAAAAAAUUUAAAAUGGCCGGUAAACUUUCAUGAUGUUGAGAUGGCCGCUAUAACGUCGAAAGGCGCCAAAAUAAAUUAUUAUAUUCUGUUCUUCGCCAGUAACUUAUACGACUAUUUAUUGUACAUGAUUACUGUUGUAGGUAUUACUAAACGAUAUAUUGUAGAAUAAUUAUAAAAUAAUAUAUUUUUGCGUGAUACCUAACUUAUCAAUAAGGUAUCGAUGUAAGAAAAAUUCUUAGUUAUCAAACAAUAUAAGAAUACGGCAAGAGUCGCGUACUCAUUUGUAAGUAGCUCUUAUAAUUAUUUAUUAAGUAAUAUAUUAUGUACGGGAAGAUAAGCUAUUUGGUGGAAGAAAUAAAAACAUAUUAACAA